AUGGAAGCUCAAUCUAUAUGGGGUCAGCCUCUGAGCGAGUAUGCUACUCUCUAUCAAUUCGAAAAAAUUAAACAGCGAGGAAGAUUUAACGAAGACCCUGCACCCACCUUGACUCAAGAAGCAGUAGACGUACUUUCAGCCUUGAGUAGGGUUGGGAGUGAUGGCGGAGCCAAAGUUUCCAGCGCUCUUACCGCUACAGUGACUAUGCAGAACUUCCGUUCUAUACUUAAAUUAGUCCAAUAUCCCAAGGCUUAUCGCCGCUUAGCACGGCCACUGGCAAUUAGUGGAUGUAUUAAACUCAUGUCAGCCAUAAAACUGAAGGGAAAGCACUCGCCGUUUAGCUAUGAAUAUGGAUACUUAUGCUUUCGCGUUCUCACAAUCGUGCUGGGAAUUUGCAUUCUGCAUCGAUCGGAUCGGCUUGACAUCUCCAUCGAAGUGAUGCAAGAAGAUGCACCUAUGAACCCUGAACAUGAUAUAAUGCAGCACCUGGGUCAUCACGUAUCUUCGAGUAUCUUCAUCGAACUCAAGGGCCAAAACCAAGCCUGUAUCGACUUAAUAUUUAGGCGGGGCAGAGGACAAUCCCUGCUAGUUACACCACAAGACAUUGCACUCCUUUCAACAAUGUUGUGGGAUGACCGGAAAACAUUCUUUAAGGCUCUUAAAUCUACCUAUUACCCAGGAAUAGCGUCUGUGGUUUUUGUAUUGUGGCAGAUAAAUCGUCAGGAACAAAAUACCCCUACGCACAAGUUCCAGUCAAUAAUUCUGAGCGAGAUCCACUUUCGGUAUAGCCUCCUAGCGACUAGUGAUCAACAACAUGCCAUCACUUAUAUGAAUGUCGAUAUUAACUCUCGGGGCUAUCGUCCUGUCUGGGAGGCAAACACCCAGCAGGUCGAUUUGGAGGAUUGUAGGGAGAUUGUAUCGGCAUAUAUCGACCGGUUUAACCCUCUAUACCCCAUUCUGCACAGCCCCAUUGCCUUCUUGGAUGGACCAAUCUUACUGCGCCCCCUUCUUCAAUUUAUUGCUCCAGGAACUUCAGACUUGUUGCCGAAAGUUCUGGAAGUGACUGUGAAACGUAUAUGGGAAGAGGUAGAGGAUCCUUCUCCGGAUUAUAAGCCCGAUAUGCUUGUUGAUGCAGUACGAGAUACGUUUGCGAACUAUAUGGCAAUUCUUCAAACCACGGCAUUUCGUCAGAUGGAUCUCAUUUUAUUUGAACAAUUUAUAAGCGUUUUCAUUAAAUGCGGCCUCAUCGAUCUCGCGGCUCGUGCAAUAUUAUUGCUUGAGCUUCCUUCCGAGCCACCUGCACAUGAGCUUGCUGGCAGUGUAGACUACUUGCCUCGCACAAAAGCCUUCUUCGGCCAAGUGUGCAUACUCCUACCUCCAUCGUGCAUGUAUAUUGUUUGGGACCUUUUGUUCCCGGACUGGUUUAAAUACCGGAGUUACCUUGUCUGGUACUCAGAGAUCCGGGAGCUCGUUCCUAAGGAUCGUAAGAACAUCAAAGAUGUCAUUCGAUAUGUUCCAUCACGACGCGCGGUGCCGGGCUCAUCCCCUAUAUCGUGUCAUGCCGUGUUUAUGCUCGACAAACGUGAAAAUCCAGUACCUAAACGGUCUUCGGCCGCCCCAAUGAUAUCAUUUCUCGCGGCUACUAGUGCAGCCCGGGAUUCGACCAGACCCAUGAAUCGCCCGAACCUUCUGAAGUUCACUUCUUUCUCGUUUUUAUUCGCCGUUCAGGCGGGUGCGAGUCCGCUGCUCAGCGAGUACCAUCGCUAUUCUGCUCGAAACAACAACCUCCAAUGGUCCGAUUGUAGUGUGGGCCUUCCAGGUCGAGAGUGUACUCGCUUCGAGGUACCUCUUGACUGGCACAAUGACACGGCUGGCAAGGCGUCAUUGGCAGUUAUCCGGUAUCCAGCGACGAAGCAGCCGAAGCUUGGUACGCUGUUUAUGAAUCCAGGAGGACCAGGCGGGAGUGGCCUCCAAAAUGUCCAAGGCGCGUACGGAGAUACCCUAAUGGAAUAUGUGGAAGGAAAAUACGACAUCGUUAGCUGGGAUCCUCGCGGUGUAGGGCAGACCAUUCCGCGCGCGGCCUGCUUUGAAACGCCAGCCGAAGAGGAUGCCUUUUGGAAAGGCUCCAUCAUAAACGCUGGGCCAGAGGUUAGAGGCAAUUUUACCUCUCAGACCGACUUGGACGCCUUUUACUCAAAGCUCGACGAGUCCGACGCAUUGCUACAACGGCUUGGAGAAAAGUGUAUAGCGUAUAGUCCCAAUACCUUCCAGUACAUCGGAACCGCUGCAACAGUGCGGGAUAUGGUCGCUAUCCACGACGCGCUUGAAGGCCCAGGCAAGAAAAUCGACUUCUUGGGUAUCUCGUAUGGAACCAUUGUUGGGCUGCAUUUAAUCAACAUGUUUUCGGACCGAGUUGGGCAUGUCGUACUCGACGGAGUGGUUGAUCCGGUUUACUGGACGAAUCGCCCGGCCCACGAGCUCAUGAUAAAUGCCUGGGAGUCGAUCGAGGCGACGUUUGACGGGUUCGCGAAAGAGUGCGCCAAUGCGGGCCCUUCCCAUUGUGCCAUUGCGGAGCAAAACUCUACCGCAUCCAGCAUUCGCCAAUGGAUUCUCGAUCUGAUAGACGCCGCCUAUGACCGCAGGCAGGAAAUCGGCGCUUCAGCCCCAUUUAACUCUUCAUCUUUGCGCGCGCAACUUUCCAAUGAUAUCCAGUUUGACAACACAACCUCUUUGAAUAUAACUCAAACCAAGAGGUGGUUGCAACUAUUCGACUCAGUCGGCUCAAUGGGCAGCACACACUACUCGCGCCAAGAGCCAACUAGCGAGCAGACAACGAAGAACCACAAUGUUCCUGAAACAGGCAUUGGAUGCGCCGACGCUCGAGAUCCAGGGGAUGUAACAACUAAAGACGUGUUCGACACUGUCGUCAAUGUUACGCAUCGUAUCACUCCAACUUUCGGUCCUCUCGGUGUACGAUUCUUGAGCAGGGCAUUUUGCCAUCGCUGGCCGGUCCGUGCUGUUGAGCGGUACUCCGGUCCCUGGAAUAAGAAGCCACCAAAACCCAUCCUCGUCAUCGGAAAUGAGGCAGACCCUGUUACGCCUUACGUUAACGCAAAGAGCGUUGCAGACUCCUUUGGGAGCUCUGCCGUCCUGAUUAAACAGGCUGGCUACGGACAUGUAUCGCGCGAGAUGCCUUCGGAUUGCACCGUUGCUGCGAUUCAGAAGUACCUGGUGCACGACGAACUGCCAAAGAAGGAUACGUUCUGCGAGGCAACCACCAAGCUGUUCACCGAACCAGUAAAUACCACAAGUGCAUCCGGUACACCUCAGUAG